GAUUAUCAAACAGUUCUAUCGUAAAGUUUACUUCGAACGCCAGGGUGGGAAUUUCUCCCAUAUUGAAAUCUAUGACCAGCUGAUGAAAGAUCGUCAUUAUAUUAACAAUGAAACAGACAAGUUACAAGUGAAUGAAACCGUUCUGGACGACUUGGCCAAGGAAAUAGGAUUUGACAAGACACUACUUAUUGAAACAUGGCAACUGGACUUACUUUGGUCAACAACUGUGGCUGCCUUUGUCCUGUUUGGUAUGGUUGGUGCUUUCUCUUCUGCCAAGAUCGCUGAUUAUUUUGGAAGAAAAAAAGGCAUGAUGAUAAUCACCUUUAUAUUGCUGAUUGCUGCUCUGUUUGGUGGAAUUCCUACGCUGGCUGAAUCACCAGAAUGUCUUAUCGUAUCUCGUGUCUUCGUAGGUCUUCAUUCAGGAUUAAAUGUGAGUCUAGCUGCUCUGUACCUGGCCGAGAUAUCUCCGAAGAAGAUACGUGGAGCUAUUGGAACCUGUCAUCAACUUGCUAUAACUGUUGGAAUUCUGGUUUCACAGAUUCUUGGUUUAAAUGAACUAUUAGGUACCAAAGACUUAUGGCCAUAUUUAUUUGCUUUCAAUGCUGUUCCAUCAAUCAUCUCUUUUUGCUGCUGGCCACUCUGCCCAGAAAGUCCGAGAUAUCUCCUCAUUAAAAAGAAAAACGUGGAUGACUCAAGACUAGCUCUUCAGAAAUUACGAGGCUAUGAUGAUGUGAAUGAUGAAAUUGAAGAAAUGACCAUAGAAUCAAAGAAAAAUCUUCAAACCACCAAUUUCUCCAUGCAUCAACUUCUGACAACUCCUGAACUACGUUUCCCAACUGUUAUUGCUUGUCUUCUUCAAGUCACACAACAAUGGUCUGGUAUUAAUGCUGUUAUGUCUUAUUCUACGUUUAUUCUGGCCCAAGCUCAAGUCCCAGCCUUUGCUAUUGGAUACGUCAUUGUAGGAACAGGUGCCAUCAAUGUCAUCUCGACUAUAAUAGCGGUUCCAUUAAUGGAGAAGCUAGGACGUCGACCACUGUUGUUAUGGCCAAUGGGUGUCAUGGCCGUAUCUUUCUUAUUGUUAACCAUCUUUAUUAAUCUUGUUUUUGAUCCCGAACUUGAACAACAUCAUUCUGCUUUCGCUUAUACUAGUAUAGUUUUAAUGCAUCUUUAUGUUAUAGGUUUCGCUUUAGGUUUAGGUCCUAUCCCCUUUAUUCUAGUCUCGGAGGUCUUCCGUCAGGAGCCACGAGCUGCAGCCAUGAGUCUUUCCACUGCUUUUAAUUGGAUUUGUAACUUUGUUCUGAUGUUAGCUUUCCCUUUCUUGAAGGCGGGGUUAGAAGCCUAUACAUAUUUAUUGUUUACCAUCGUCUUGGCACUGGCCAUUGUUUUCAUCUUCUUCUUCGUACCAGAAACCAAAAAUAGAACAUUUGAUGAAAUUUCUGCGUCCUUGAUGUUGGGCCGUGCCUCUGGUAAAAAACGUUCUCUCAACAUCAACGAUGGAGAGGAACUACAACCAAUGGGACAAAAAGUUUAAAGAUUGCCAAUUUAGGAUAUUUUUGAAAAUUUAGUAAAUGCAUAUUGCAUUAUUUUGUGGUGUUCCUUAAAGAGGGUAAUUUAACCGUGGGCUUUAAGUUUGAAGCUUUUUACAAGGGUUUGAUUGGUUGGUUGGUUGCUAGGUAACAAAUAUCCAUGUACAAUAAUUUGAUUGGUGUAUGAUUUGAGAUUAUUUGCCAAUCAGGGAUGAAUAUAUACUUUCAAAAAUAAUAAUUGUGCUUUUUCUGGAUUUUUGUCUUAAAAACCUUCAUAUUAGGUUCUUCUGUCCCAAAUUGUGAUUUAGAAAAAAACAAAACAAAUUGGAAACCAAAUGAAAAUCUAAAACUAAAAGAUGAUAGUUCAUGUAUUAUUCAAAGUUUACAAUUUGAGAUAGUUUAUUUGGAUUGUAAAUGUAGAAAUGUAGUAUUUUGCUGGCAAAUCAGCAUCCCAGAGUUGUGAUUCCUAAAAUAUCUCAUGAUAAAUUUAGAUUUUUUGAGGAAAAAGGAGGAUGGGUCUUGUUUCACAUAAAAAUCUUAUCAUCAAUUUAAUGUAAUUACAGUAUUUUUUCAAUGUAAAAGUCAAUACUUAUGACAAAUUCUUAUCAGGAAUUAUUUUGUGAAUCAUGCCCGCAAAUUUACAUGUAUCUAUAGUCAAUUUAAAAUGGAUUAUUGCUCCAAGGAGCAACUUUUAAAAAUUCAAGGUCAACCAUGACUAAUUUUUAAUAAUUGUUAAUAGACAUCCUUGAAUAUUUUGUUGUGUUAAGAUGUAUUUGUUAAUUAUAAAAUU